AUGAAGUUGAAGAACAAUCUGAGUUCUAGUUCCUUCGGGAAGAAGAAGAAGGAAAGAAGUAUAAAGAAGCAAAGGAGGUUCGUGGAGAAUGGAAGCAUCUUGCUCAAAGAAGUCAUCGCUGAUUGUAACGGUAAAACCAUCCCUAUAUGCAGCUUCUCCAAUUCUCAGAUCCUUAAAGCUACCAAGAACUUCGAUACAAACUGUUCCGUCGCCCAAGAAGGGUUCUACAUAUGGUACAAAGGUGUUAUCGAAGAUAGAUCUUACAUGAUCAAAAGAUUCUCCGAGUAUAAAGUCACUGACCGCAGAGUAGGAGAGGUUUACAAAGACAUAGUCUUGUCUGCUCGGAUGAGCAGCCACAACAACUUUCUUAAACUACUAGGAUGUUGUCUCGAGUUCCCUUUUCCAGUUCUUGUUUUUGAAUAUGCAGAGCAUGGAGUCUUGAAUCAUCGAGGGGGUGUUACUACCGUUAACGGAGAAGAAUCUUUACUGCCUUUGAGUUUGAGGAUAAAGAUAGCGAAGGAGAUUGCAAGCGCCUUGGCUUAUCUUCACAUGGCCUUCCCUAAGAUCAUCAUAUACAGAGAUGUUAAGCCGAUGCACGUGUUCUUGGACAAGAACUGGAGCGCAAAGCUGUCGGAUAUGUCUUUCUCUAUAUCGCUAGAGGAAGGAAAAUCGCAGAUAGAAGCUGAAGACGUGCUUGGGACAUACGGGUACCUAGAUCCAUUAUACUUUACGACAUUGGUUGUGUCGGAGUAUACUGAUGUGUACAGCUUUGGAGUCUUGUUAAUGGUUCUUCUCAGUGGUAGAUCCGUUUACUUCACCGUAUCUAAUGGCUAUCCAGUUGGUAUUCUUGAAUAUGUGAAGGGGCUAUACAACGCUGGGAAGCUCAGUGAAGUAAUUGAUCCUGUGAUGAUGAAUGAUAUCACGAGUGCUCAGAGAUUGCAGGUGGAAGCUUGUGUUUUACUUGCACUGAGAUGCUGCAAGGAGAGGGAUGAAGACAGACCAAAGAUGAUCCAGGUUGCUAAAGAACUCAAGCGGGCUGAGACUUCAUUUCUAAGAGAUCUUUUGUUCUGAUAAUAUAAGUGACUGAGAAGAACUGAAAUGAUU